UGAAAAGAAAUUUCCAACUUUGAACAGAAGCAUAGAGUUAGACAAGAAAAAAAGAGGAAGGCAAUGUUUGGGGAGAAAAAGGGGCAAUGGAUUAUGCUUCUGCAACUGUUUGUCAGCCUUUUGAAUUUGUUAUUACUAAUGUGGAGUAUUGGGAAGAUAAAAGAUGGAGCUAAUAUCAUUAAGUUGAUAUGCUCUGCUUCUGAUGCUGCUGUGAUUUUGAAUUCCAGUACCAGGGUAGAGAAAGAUGUCUCAGAGACAGCUUUCCAUGCCACAGAUGGUUAUUAUCCGUCGCUGAAUAUCCCACCACAUUCUGCUGAGCAAGAGCAAGAACAGCAUUUCGUGGAUCCCAACUCCAAAGAGUUGAAGAAAAUAAGAUGUAUGCAGGGAGGGCUUUCAACAGCCCAGCAGGGCCGUGAUUUUUUUAAUUCUGUUAAAUCUUCUACAACGGCCUCCUUGCCAAAUGGUUUUCAUUUUAGAAGACUGGAAAAUCAUGCAUACAAUUCAGUGCAUAAUGAUUUUCAGGCAAAUGCAAGGAGUCUAAUUCCGCUUGCUUUAUCAAUGAAACAUGCGAAUGAGCACAAGGAGUCUGCAUUUGGAAAGAAACAGCUAAAUAACAAAUUUCAUGGCCAGAAUUUUCCAAUAUCUAGAGGGAAGCUGUUGAAAAUUGGUGUUCCAAUGAGAUCAACUUUGAAGCAAUUUGUGGAGGUAAGUCCUGAUGAGAAAAACAUUAGAGGAUUCUCAAUUGAUGUGUUUGAAGCGGCUGUUAGGCUUUUACCCUACAAAUUGAGGUACAAGAUGGUUCCCUUUAAUGGUUCUAAUGAUGAUUUGCUUAAGGAGGUUUCUCUCAAGACUUUGGAUGCAGCAGCUGGUGAUAUAGUAAUAAAUGCAGAAGGGUAUCAACUUGUGGAAUUCUCACAGCCAUAUGUGGAAGCUGGACUCACAAUGUUGGUGAAAGCUAGAACAAAUAAAUCUCAGGCUUGGUUUUUCAUUAGCCCCUUUACCCCUUGGAUGUGGUUUACUAUGGCAGCCAUGAGUAUGUUCACUGGUUUCGUCAUCUGGCUUAUUGAAAAGGAAAACCAUGAAGAGAAUGGUGGUUCACCUGCCAGCCCAAUCAAAACUGUUUUAUGGAUAUCCUUUGCCACUCUGUAUUCUGGCCAGAGAGAAACACCAAAGAAUAGUUUGUCUAUUUUUGUGCUAGCCCCAUGGUUAUUCUUGUUGCUAGUUGUUAGCUCAACAUUCACAGCGACCCUCACUUCCGUAUUGAGCAACCCACAUUCUGAACCAUUUACAGCAGCAGAUGUUGAUGUGCUCAAGAGAAUGGAUGCCAUGAUUGGCUGUGAUGGAAGUUCUCUUAUAGUUCAGUACUUGGUGAAAGUUAUACGGUUCAAGCCACAGAAUAUCAAAACCAUAGCUUCAAGUGAUGACUAUGCAAAGGCUCUAGCAAGUGGAGAUAUUAAAGCUGCUUUCAUUUUGAUGCCUCAUGCCAAAGUUUUUCUUGGAAAAUACUGCAGCGGCUUCACCAUUUCAGGACCCACCUACAAGCUAGGCGGUUUUGGAUUUGUGUUUCAAAAGGGUUAUAGUUUGGCAUCAGACAUGUCCCAAGCAAUUUAUAGAUUAAGUGAGAGUGGGGAAUUGCAGCGAAUGGAGGAAGACAUGCUUUCCUCUAACAAUUGCUCUGUUUCAUUAUCUGAUGCCAAUGUGACCUCAAGUUUAGGACCAGAACCAUUUUUAGGAUUGUUCAUUAUGUCAGGAGGUGCAUCCACAAUUGCUUUACUAAUCACAUUGAUAUGUCUAUUGAGACGACAUUGGGACAGUAUAAUCAACAUUCAAGCAGCAUUUGCGGGUAUAAAACUUGUCCAUUGUUGGUUAACAGAAAACAGAUAACUGAGCUUUCAAUUCAAUUGGAGACAGAGUAGCUCCGCUCCUCGACCAGAACCCAGAAGGCAUUGCAUUUGAGUGGAAGAAUUGUACAGUUUAACGGUAGUCUUUACGAGUUAAUUCUGUAACCAGAAUAAUUCCUCCGUCUAAAUUUAGUUAGUUUCAUUAUUUAUUA